CGAUAAUUUUAAUUCAUUGUUUUAACUUUUAACCGCUCUAAUUCUUCAAGUUGUUUCGAUUUCAAUUUCGUCUCAUGUACGGCAUAUUAUAGAAGAAAUAUUAUGUUUAAACACUACCUAAAAGCGUAAUAUAUUUCCGUUAAUCAUGCCUAGUGAAAUGAUAACGCUCCAAUUGGGGCAAUGUGGAAAUCAAAUUGGAUUCGAGUUUUGGAAGCAGCUAUGCAUCGAACACGGAAUAUCUCCUGAGGGCAUACUAGAAGAGUUUGCAUCUGCUGGAUCAGAUCGUAAAGAUGUGUUUUUUUAUCAAGCUGAUGAUGAUCAUUACAUUCCCAGAGCAGUACUCCUCGACCUAGAACCUCGUGUAAUUCAUACAAUUAUGAAUUCACCAUAUGCUAAGCUUUAUAAUCCAGAGAAUGUUUACCUUUCCAAACAUGGUGGUGGGGCCGGUAAUAACUGGGCCUCAGGGUAUGCUCAAGGUGAGAAACUGAAUGAAGAAGUUUUUGACAUAAUAAACAGAGAAGCAGAUGGAAGUGACAAUUUGGAGGGUUUUGUGUUAUGUCAUUCUAUAGCUGGAGGAACUGGUUCGGGAAUGGGCUCGUAUAUUCUAGAACAUUUGUCUGAUAGAUUCCCAAAGAAACUUGUUCAGACAUACAGUGUGUUUCCUAAUUUAGAUGAAAUCAGUGAUGUUGUCGUCCAACCUUACAACUCGUUGCUAACAUUGAAGCGGCUUACCGAGAGUGCUGAUUGUGUGAUGGUUCUUGAUAACACGGCUCUCAACCGCAUCGCCAGUGACCGGCUACAUAUACAGAACCCGUCCUUUGCACAAAUCAACACACUGGUCUCUACAAUAAUGAGUGCUAGUACGGCCACACUAAGGUAUCCAUCAUACAUGAACAAUGACCUCAUAAGCCUGGUGGCGCCAUUGAUUCCUACACCAAGACUGCAUUUUCUCAUGACUGGGUACACACCUCUCACAGCAGACCACGAACAGAAUACAGCUCCAAAAAUCAGAAAGACCACAGUACUGGAUGUCAUGCAACGGCUGUUGCAACCAAAGAACAUGAUGGUGUCAUUGAGCCCCGACCGCGGCAACCAACAUUGUUACAUAUCAAUACUGAAUAUAAUACAGGGUGAAGUUGAUCCGUCACAAGUACACAAGUCACUGCAGCGCAUACGCGAGCGCAAGUUGGCCUCGUUCAUCCCGUGGGGCCCGGCCUCCAUCCAGGUAGCACUAUCUCGUCGCUCGCCCUAUGUCACCGCCUCGCACAAGGUCUCCGGCCUUUUGCUCGCUAACCACACCAACAUCUCAUCAUUGUUUGACCGGUGUCUGCAACAGUUCGACAAGUUACGCAAACGCGAGGCGUUCAUAGAAGUGUUCCGGAAGGAGCCAAUGUUCCAGGACUCACUGGAGGAGUUCGACAACUCGCGCUCCGUGGUGGAGGACCUGGUGCGGGAAUAUCAAGCCGCCGCUACGCCGGACUAUGUGCAUUGGAACCCAGAUAGCAAUCAAUAAUGAAAGCUGACAGCCUAGAAGAUAACUGCAACUGCCUUCAAGAAUUCUCAGUUAAUAAGUGCCAUUGUAAUAUAGUAACACAUCUCGAAUUAAUAAACCUACUAAUAGUUGUUAAUAAGUUGCCAUUAGUAUUAAAGAUUUGAGUAUUCCAAAAAUUACAUAUCAAAUCUUCACCAUUUGUAUUAAAGAAAAUGAGAGUAAAUUAAAGCCUUGGAAUUUAA